ACAGUGUUUACUCAAGUGACUAAUUCCCAUGACGUCAGUAUCUCUGACUCAAAGAUUGUCAAUGAUUUGAUAGAAAUAGAUCAUAUUAGUCGGAAUACUAACUGAGAAAGUAAUCAUACAGUAACCAGGUGUUAUUGAAGAGGGAGAAACCUGUUCCAUUUCGGCGUGAUUUAUUCGAAAAUUCGGCUUUGAACAUGGGAGGUUCACACAGCGUCUUCACCGAGGCGGAACUAGACGACUAUCAGGAGUUGACAUUCUUCAGCAAGAAAGAAAUUCUUCAUGUGCACAAGAGGUUUCAUUUGUUAGAUCCAGAGGCCGUGAGGAGAGAUAAGAAUGCAUGUCUUCCUAUGGACACAAUUCUGGAGCUGCCUGAAUUAAAGGUGAAUCCCUUCAAGGAUCGUAUCUGCAAGGUAUUCUCUUCCACAGACGAUGGGUCACUGACCUUUGAAGACUUCCUCGACAUGAUGUCAGUCUUCAGUGACUCCGCCCCUAAGAGCAUGAAAGCAGAAUAUGCCUUUAGAAUCUAUGAUUUUGAUGAGGAUGAUUUUGUGAGCAGCGCAGACCUUCGUGAGAUGGUGAACAGACUGACUGGUGAGCAGCAGAUAACAGAUGAUGACAUGCAGCACCUCAUUAACAAUAUCUUUGAGGAAGCUGAUCUUGAUGACGAUGAUGCUCUGUCUUUCGCCGAGUUUGAACAUGUCAUCUCCAAAGCACCUGACUUCAUGAACACCUUCCGCAUCCGCCUGUAAACAGUCUCAACAGAGCUCUUUGCCCAUUGCAUGUCUGCUGCCCUCUACUGCCAGUUUUUUUCCCAGAGACCAUAGUUGAGCAAGGAAGCAAAAUGUGCACUUGGUUUGUGACUACUAUACGUUACCUUCACAUAAACUGAAACCUUGAUGAGGAAUAUGUUGCUUACAUACAUAGGGGGUGUUG